AUGGAAACUAAUGUUACCCUCACCUCAAGCCAGUCCGCCCCGUGUUUGGCCUGGGAUUUUUCAACCCGUUUUCUCAUGGAGGAUGUCAUCAAACGGAAAACUAAAAAUACCUCGAGACCGCUUUCCCCCAAGCACGAGGUGAAUUCACGAUUUCCCGGCGCUGAUCUAGCCUGCAAGGGGAAUCUUUUACGGUCACCAUCACAGUGCAAUACCCUCGCCUUUCUAACUGACGACCCUGGAGGCAAAGUUCAUUCCAGAACUGUCAGCGCAUCGAUGCAUGCCUCUUGUCAAUUUUCGGCAGAGAGUGAGCAGCUUGAGAAGGAGAUAAUUAACUUAACGCAUCACCGAGGGGAUAUUCCUUCGCCUCUGUCUGAUUGCCUAUCGUUUUCACUACCACCGAAGGCGCGUAGUCUUCAAGUCUGCUCCGGCCAGGAACGAGUCACUGCCGCCUUAUUUGACCCAAAAGAACCCGAAAAUUCUCCCCCGAGCGAUUCCCCUUCCGAAUGUGUUUCUUAUCCCACCUGCGAGUGCACGGACAGUUCAUCGGAGACGACCUUACUCCCGUCUUCAGAUGACUGCUCAUUGGCCACUUUCAUUCAGCCGGAAACCUCACCCUCCAGUCUGUCAUUGUCCUCAUCCGAAACCCCAUCAAGCAUCUCACCAACUAGCGAUUUAUCUCUUUUCUCCCUGAGCCUUCAUGUUUGUAGCACGAAGGACGCUGUUACUCAGUGCGGCGGUGAUACCGAGACUGCCUUAUUACCGAAUGGCCUAACUGAACCCCGUCCCAGGGCCGUUUCUGUAGAUCCAAUUAGGACAAAAGCCCCCAUUGAUGUGGAGGAGCCAAAGAGCAAAGAGUCAAUCAAACAGAAGGCAGAUGAAGUUCAAAAGAUUGAAAGAAAAGUUAAAGGGAAAAACCCCUGGGCAGGUCACCAAUCUGGCUUCAGCUGUGAUAGGGCACGUUCACUCAAGACACAAACAGCAGGCAGAACGGAGCUUCGGUGUGUCCAUCGCCUGACGCCUCGGCCACUCCCAGGCUUUUUACAGAAUAACAGGUCACAAAAGAAGGAAUUUUCGUCUGUAUCAAGACCAAAAAUGCGAGCAGCACAAUUCCGACAGCUUUUGCUUUUUCGUUCUAACCCCAAUGUCACUCGACGCUUCAUCAUCCGAGACAACCAGUGUCUGCAGCUGUUGGAAGGACUUGCCCGCGACGGCUACUGUAAGGAUCGUCGUCUGUUUUGUACCCUUAAUAACUAUGCGGGCGCCAGGGCUGAACUGGUGGCCGCAAAACCCGCCUAUUCUUACGGACGGCUCACUUACUUUCUUUACCUGCAUGCUCGCACAUGGGACCAAAUGCGGUGGAUUGUUCGUGACAUUGAUCGCUACUAUCCGCAGUGGUGUCUUCCUGCCCAGUUAACCCAAUAG